ACCCCCACGCUUCCACCCACUUCCCCCGUUUUCCCUCACACUGGCGGCGGCUCGGCCCCCCAUCGAGCCAUCCGGCGCCCCACAACGGCCACCGACCGUCGCUAGCCCUUCCUUCCCCACCGGCGCCAUGUGGCCCCUACGCACCGCCACCGGCCACCUCGACGUCGGCCCCCGCCGGCCACCCUCCUCCGCGCCACCGCGUCCCGUGAACCACGGCUCGCCCAGCUGUUGCUCGUCGCCCUCCUCCGCCUCCCCAUGCCUACAGCGCCCCGGCCCCGCAUCCACUACCUCAAACCAGUGCCGACCGGUGCUGCCGGCCACUACAACGCCGGCGCCCUCUAGACGCCUCCACCGUCGGUCACCUCCUCCCAUGCCCCGCCGGAUCUCCCCCGAGCCACUCCUCGACUACAACAUUGACCCCGAGACCGAUGAUGAUCCGGUGAUCGACUACUUCUCGGUCGAGGAUCCGUUUUGUGUGCAGAGCAACGAGGCAAGCAAACCCCCUUGAUCAUUCCUAUAUCGCCUAUUCUUUGUCCCUCAUGCUUGCAUUAGAAUUUUGC